UUAUUUUUAGAUGAAAGUGGUCUUCCAAAGUGGAGAGAGUGAAAACCAUACCCUGUUCAAUUCUCUCAGUGUAGUUAUUGGAUUCCCUACCAACUUUGCAAAACCGCAGUCUGCUUUUGAUAGGAUGUGAGGCCUCGGGGAAAUGAAUUUCUUUAUGGAAAGAGUGAAGUGAGCAGAGACUAGUUGGUGUCAGUAAAUUUAUCUCAGUCUCUCCUUAAUUUAUUCAUGUCUUCAUCAAUGCUCAUACCUGGAAGGUUGCGAUUUGCGAGUUAAGAGCAUACUCAAUCAUCACCUGCUGUUUUGGGUUUGUGAGCUUUCUAAGUUUCAGAGUUCUGACUGUGUUGGUGGAAAUGGGAGAAUCAUGCAAGGACUGCUCAAAAUGGGCAGAGGACAUCUACUGGGCUCACUUUCAGACUAUCCGCUUCUCUCAGACUCUUCUUGAUGAUUUUGAUCAGGAGCUUGCCGUCCCAAAAAAAUUUUGUAAUAAUCUGAAAAAGAAAUUGCCAGAUGUUGUGGCUUUGAAAGGUCCAAGUGGACUUUUAUGGACUGUAGGGUUAACCACUAAAGAUACUGCAGUAUUCUUCAAGCAUGGUUGGCAAGAAUUCGUGAAGGAUCAUUCUUUGAAACCCAACGAUCUGUUGGUUUUUAGGUACAAUGGGGAGUCUCAAUUUGAUGUUUUAAUGUUCGACUCUGAGAAUAUGUGUGAGAAGGAAGCUUCAUAUUUUGUGAGGAAAUAUGGGCAUUCAAAACAUGAAAAUGGGUGCUUGACCAAGAGGAAAUCAAGGGAAAUCUCCUCUGAGGAAAUGCAUGCCUCCUCAAAGAAUGGUGGGUGCUCAGUAUUGGAAAAAUCAGAGGAUGACCCCAGCAUUGCAUUGCCAUCGGAGGAGCAAGUUAUUACCCCAGUUACUGAUGAGAAGAAGGUCCAGAGCAAAACUAAAUCUGCUCAGCCCACGAGAAGCAGAAGGAUUGCAGCAAAAAGAGGACGUCCUGCUGGUAGUGUGAGACUGCUGAACAACACUAAAGAUGCACCCAACAAAGGAAGUAGUGGAGCAUACUUCAUGGAAUAUGUAUCAAAUAGAAGACCAAUAACCGAAGAAGAAAAAAUGAAAGCCCAGCAGUUGGCUCAAGAAGCAUCAAGCACAAGCCUUGAAAGCUUCAUGAUAAUCAUGCGACCCAACCAAGUAUACAAGAGAUUCUACAUGCUAUUGCCUUCAGGAUGGGUGUCAAAUCAUAUGGCAUUGCAAAACCAAGACGUAAUUCUGCGCAUCGGAAAGAGUUGUUGGAGGACAAAAUUUACCUAUAAUCGAACUCGUCGAGUUGGGGGAAUUACCUGUGGUUGGAAGUUUUUUGCCGUAGACAACAAUUUGGAGGAGUUCGAUGCAUGUGUAUUUGAGCCUGGUAUUCCACUCAGCAAUACAUUUGUUCUGGAUGUUAAAAUUUUCCGUGUUGUUGAAGACUUUACUCCUCCCACUGGAACCUCUUCUGCAACACCAAAGGGUACUAAAAGAAAACUGAUCGUGCCCAUGGAUACCUGAGCUGAGCAACCCAUUGGGGCGUUAUUGUUUUCAUGCCCCUUUUAAGGGUGUGAAAAUGCUGUAGACUUUGGCUUCUGUAUGUGUUAACUUGUGUAUUAAUGGUUUGCACUUGUGUAGUCUAGUACUCUAAAGUGGACUGGUUAGGUUAAUUUCCAUUGAAACGAUUGAUGCUCUUGUCUAAUUCUAACUUCUAAUGCAUCUUUCUCUUUUGUAAUUUGCUUA